CCCCGGCGGCCGCCCCCCGCGGGUCCCUCCCUGGCUGCAGGAGAGAAGGAGGUAGAGGGAGGACACAGUGCCGCGCAGCCUGCACCGGAGAGACCUUCGCCUCGCCCUGCUGGCUCCUCACUCUCUGAGAGGAACAUGGCAGAUAAUCUCAGUGAUACCUUGAAGAAGCUGAAGAUAACAGUUGUAGACAAGACUGAGGACAGUUUAGAAGGAUGCUUGGAUUGCCUGCUUCAAGCCUUGGCUCAAAAUAAUAUGGAAACAAGUGAGAAAAUCCAAGGAAGUGGAAUACUUCAGCUCUUUGCAAAUCUGUUGACUCCACAGUCUUCCUGCACAGCCAAAGUAGCUAACAUCAUAGCAGAAGUAGCCAAAAAUGAAUUCAUGCGAAUUCCAUGUGUGGAUGCCGGAUUGAUAUCCCCCCUGGUGCAGCUACUAAAUAGCAAGGACCAGGAAGUGCUACUUCAAACAGGCAGAGCUUUGGGAAACAUAUGCUACGACAGCCAUGAGGGCAGAAGUGCAGUUGACCAAGCAGGUGGUGCACAGAUUGUAGUUGACCAUUUAAGGUCAUUGUGCAGUAGAACAGACCCCGCCAAUGAGAAGCUCUUGACUGUCUUUUGUGGCAUGCUGAUGAACUAUAGCAAUGAGAAUGAUUCACUUCAAGCUCAGCUUAUCAAUAUGGGCGUUAUUCCUACUUUAGUGAAAUUGUUGGGCAUCCAUUGCCAAAAUGCAGCUCUUACAGAAAUGUGUCUUGUUGCAUUUGGCAAUUUGGCAGAACUUGAAUCAAGUAAAGAACAGUUUGCCAGUACUAACAUAGCUGAAGAGCUGGUAGAACUCUUCAAGAAACAAAUAGAACAUGAUAAGAGGGAAAUGAUUUUUGAAGUUCUUGCUCCACUCGCAGAAAAUGAUGCUAUUAAGCUACAGUUGGUUGAAGCAGGCCUGGUAGAGUUUCUACUAGAGAUUGUUCAGCAGAAGGUGGAUAGCGACAAAGAGGACGACGUUGCUGAGCUCAAAACAGCUUCUGAUCUAAUGGUUUUACUCCUCCUUGGAGAUGAAUCAAUGCAGAAAUUAUUUGAAGGAGGAAAAGGCAGUGUGUUUCAAAGGGUGCUUUCGUGGAUUCCCUCCAAUAAUCAUCAGCUCCAGCUAGCUGGAGCACUGGCAAUUGCAAAUUUUGCCAGAAAUGAUGGAAAUUGUAUCCAUAUGGUAGACAGUGGAAUUGUAGAAAAACUUAUGGAUCUAUUGGACAGACAUGUAGAAGAUGGAAACGUGACAGUACAACAUGCAGCGCUAAGUGCUCUCAGAAACCUGGCCAUUCCAGUUGUAAAUAAAGCAAAAAUGUUAUCAGCUGGGGUUACAGAAGCAGUUUUGAAAUUCUUAAAAUCGGAAAUGCCUCCAGUUCAGUUCAAACUUCUGGGAACAUUAAGAAUGUUAAUAGAUGCACAAGCAGAAGCUGCUGAACAACUGGGAAAGAAUAUUAAGUUAGUAGAGCGUUUAGUGGAAUGGUGUGAAGCCAAAGACCAUGCUGGUGUGAUGGGGGAGUCAAACAGACUGCUCUCUGCACUCAUACGGCACAGUAAAUCAAAGGAUGUAAUUAAAACCAUUGUCCAGAGUGGUGGCAUCAAGCAUCUAGUUACCAUGGCAACUAGUGAACAUGUAAUAAUGCAGAAUGAAGCCCUUGUUGCUUUGGCACUAAUAGCCGCUUUAGAAUUGGGUACUGCUGAAAAAGAUCUAGAAAGUGCUAAACUUGUACAGAUUUUACACAGACUUCUAGCAGAUGAGAGAAGUGCUCCUGAAAUCAAAUAUAAUUCCAUGGUCCUGAUCUGUGCUCUCAUGGGCUCUGAGUCUCUACACAAGGAAGUACAGGAUUUGGCCUUCCUAGAUGUUGUGUCCAAGCUCCGCAGUCAUGAGAACAAAAGUGUUGCCCAACAGGCCUCUCUCACAGAGCAGAGACUCACUGUGGAAAGCUGAGACCUGCCCCUGCGGACAUGUGGCCUCAUCCCAUCUUGAUUUCCCCUUCGUCCUCCAUCCAGCUGCCUCUUCCACUUCAUUCUCUACCAUAUCACUUUGUGCAUGCGUGUAAUGUUCCAGUACCAAUUGAGGAACUGCUGUAGGUACCUGCCCAUAAGAUUUCUAAACCCAUAGUUAGUGUAAACAUGAAUUUGUCAAAACCAAGUCGCACCCAUAACUGUUCUCCUGUAUUCCUGUUACUUGCGCUACAUUAAGUAGAACGUGCAUGUUUUAGUCCUACAGUAAAGUUGAUACUACAUACUGACUUGCUCCUCACACUUGGUAACUCACAUAAUUAUCUACUGAUAAAUUUAGAAACAAAACAGAAUGCAGCAGAAUCUGUCUGGCUUACUAAAGAUGGAAUUGAAUAGAAAAAUAGCUCCAUUUUUGGUGCUUGGGAAGCACAAUGACCAAAAACUGUAUGUCUGCUCAUUCAUUAAUUUUAUCUACUAAUGUCAAAUCCAUGGUACCUAGAGUUAAAUAAAAUUCCAGUGCUCUCACUCUUUACCUUAUGAUUUCUCCUUUUUCCUAACUAUGUAGGUUAUUGAAACUGCCACAGACUUUAUCAAGACUUUCUGAGAUAUUUUUUAUUCCAUAUUUGAUUGGGCUGUCAUCAGUAGCUUGAUGUUGAAAACAUUUAGAUUU